AAUUAUUUUUUUAUUUUCGAAUUAUCGCAUUUUCAAUCAUUUUGUUGAAACUAAUUUAUUGCUUCCGUGUCAUUUUUUGUUUAAUUUUAAUUUUUUUAUUUUUCAGUUUCAGAAUAUUUUUCAAAAAAUGUUGACGUUUUCUGGAAAAUUCUUUAACCAAAAAGCUCAUAUUCAAUUAUUUAUUUGCCUUAUAAGUCUUUACUUGUCCUUUGCGGAUGAAAAUGUGAACUUUAUUGAUGGAAGGCCUUCUACAGAAUUUAGAGGAUAUUACAAGAGAGAACAUUCUUUAAUUAAACCCUACCAAAGUGCCGGAUUGGAUAUUCCAAAUUGGGAAAUUGUUGGAGGCACAAUGGUUAUGCAAAAUGAGAUACGUCUUACAAGAGAUGCACGAAGUCAACAAGGGGCAAUUUGGAAUAAAGUUCCUAAUCAUGCUCGAGAUUGGGAAUUAGUUGUUGAUUUUCAUGGCUUUGCAAUUUGGUACGUGCAAGACCCGAAUAUUGUUGGACCUGUAUUUGGUUCAAAAGAUUAUUUUCGUGGUCUUGGGAUUUUUCUUGACACUUAUAGUAAUCACAAUGGACCUCAUUCGCAUUCCCAUCCUUUUAUUUCUGCUAUGGUCUCUAAUGGAUCUUUGCAUUAUGACCAUGAUAAAGAUGGAACACAUACACAAUUAGGUGGCGAGGAAAGCGGAUGUGAGGCAGGAUUUCGCAACAAAGAUCAUGAAACAUUUGUACUUGUUCGUUAUGUUGGAAAUACAUUGUCGAUUUUCACUGAUAUUUCCGAUGAAAGGACUUGGAAAUUAUGUUUUCGUGUUGAUGGAGUAAUUUUGCCAACAAAUUUUUAUUUUGGCAUUUCUGCUGCUACUGGGGACUUGACAGAUACACACGAUUUAAAAAGUGUUAGAAUGUUUGAACAAGAAUAUGCUCGUGUUGAAAAACCCUUUGAAACAGAUAGUGAUAAAAUUGAGCCUUUUGCUUCAAAUUUUGCUGCUCCAAGAGAUCAUGUGCCAGAUAAAAAACCAUCAAAACUUGGCUGGAUUGGUACAAUAUUUUUGAUAAUUAUUGGAAUUGUUGUAGUUGUUGGAGUUCUUGGGUUUGGAUUUAUUUUUCUCCAAAAAAGGCAGGAACGUUCGAGAAAAAGAUUUUAUUAA